AUUUCAGGUUUCGUCAUAUGCUCUUCUUCACCAGCCCACACAACUGCUAGACCCUAAAAAAAUGUCCCAACCGCCGGUUACUAACCAUACCGCCGGCGUCAAUACAAAACCUCAACUCUCCUCCGUCACCACCGUCGCUCAGGAAGAGAGCUUUAAAGCGCCGUCAAGACCGCAUCCCCCGAAAAUAGUAGUGCUAGCUGACCUCAACGUUGACCCUCCUACUGAUACUGAAGCCCUCGAUUCUUUUCCCAGGUUAAAUAAUGAAGAAAACAAUCAAGAGAAGAUGAGUUUAUUGGGGAAAGAUUCUGAAACAGUGGAACUAGAAGGUAAACAAUCUAAAAAACUGGUAAAAUCCCGCUCACGAAGUGGUAAGAUGGAGUUCCCCAUGGAUUGUGGAGCUGAUGCUGAAGGUGAUCAUAAUGGUCCAGGUGUGCCUUCAUCUCGUGAGGAAAAAGUCAGCAGUCUCAAAACAGGUUUGGUACAUGUUUCAAGAAAGAUGCCUAAAAAUGCCCAUGUUCAUUUCAUACUUGGUUUAAUGUAUCAAAGAAUGGGACAACCACAAAAGGCAGUUUCAGCAUAUGAAAAGGCAGAAGAAAUCUUGCUUCGUGGUGAUGAAGAUAUUGAUAGGCCAGAUUUGCUUUCUUUGGUUCAAACUCAUCAUGCACAGUGUAUAUUGCUGGGAAGUUCAGAAGACUAUGGUUCAGGGAAAGAACUUGAGGGUAAGGAGCUUGAAGAAAUUCUUUUCAAGCUAAAUGAGUCAAUGAAAAGUGAUGUUAGACAAGCAUCUGUUUGGAACACCUUAGGUGUAUUGCUACUUAAAGCAGGCCAUUUGCAGAAUGCUAUAUCAGUACUUUCAUCUUUGCUGGUGGUUGCCCCUGAGAACUUGGAUUGCAUAGGGAACCUUGGAAUGGCUCAUCUUCAAAAUGGAAACUUGGAACUUUCAGCAAAAUGUUUUCAAGAUUUGAUCUUUAAAGACCAAAACCACCCGUGUGUUUUUAUCAACUAUGCUGCCCUUCUUUUGUGCAAAUAUGGUUCCAUAGUCGCAGGUGCAGGGGCAAAUGGUGAUGAUGGGGGUUGUGAAGACAGAGUCAAUGGAGUUAAUGUGGCUAAAGAAUGUCUAUUAGCUGCAGCAAAAGCAGACCCAAAAGCUGCUCAUGUCUGGACAAAUCUUGCUAAUGCAUAUUUCAUGGCUGGUGAUCAUAGAAACUCUGGAAAGUGUUUGGAAAAGGCUGCGAAAUUGGAGUCAAACUGUUUGGCGACUCGAUACGCUGUUGCAGUUCAUAGAAUCAGGGAAGCUGAAAGGUCACAAAAUCCAAGUGAACAGCUUUCAUGGGCUGGAAAUGAAAUGGCUUCAAUAUUAAAGGAAGGGCCAGGGGAGUCUGUAGGUGUUGAGCUUCCCAUAGCUUGGGCUGGGCUUGCUAUGGUCCAUAAGGCCCAACAUGAAAUUGCCGCUGGAUUUAAAAUUGAACAAAAUGAAUUAAUGGAGGUUCAAGAACGAGCACUUUAUAGUUUAAAACAGGCAAUAUCAGAGGAUCCUGAAGAUCCAGUACAAUGGCAUCAACUUGGGCUUCACAGUCUGUGUACCCAAGACUUCAAAACAUCACAAACAUACCUCAAGGCUGCAGUUGCUCGUGACAUGGAAUCCUCGUAUGCUUGGUCAAAUCUAGGUAUAUGUCUACAACUAUCGGACACGUCAUCUUCACAAGCGGAACAAGUAUAUAAACGGGCCUUGUCAUUAGCAAAGGCCCAACAAGCACAUACAAUAUUUUGUAAUUUAGGAAACUUUUACAGACAACAAAAGCAAUAUGAAUGUGCAAAAGCUAUGUUUACAAAGUCGUUAGAGUUGCAACCUGGUUAUGCUCCUGCGUAUAACAAUCUAGGCCUUGUAUUUGUUGCUGAGAGGCGAUGGGAAGAGGCAAAGUUCUGCUUCGAUAAAGCACUUCAGGCUGACCCUUUGCUGGAUGCUGCUAAAUCUAACAUGAUUAAAGCAAUGGCUAUGUGUAGAGUUUGUGCACCGCUUCUUAGUUGAUUAAGUUUGUAUGUGAAUCGGUUGUUAUAAUUUGUACAUUAUUGCAUAUAUUUAGUGAAGUUUUAGCUGUUGUUUUUAA